UGGUCUGUGCCGUGAGGGGACGCUCCAAGAUGGCGGCUCUGCUGUGGGCGCUGCUCUCGGCCCUGGCCGGGCUCGCUCCGGGCCCGGGGCCCGCGGCGGCCGCGCAGCUCCCGCUGCUGGUCUGGAGCACGGAACGGUCUCUCUGGUCGCCGCCGUCCCUCGCCGGGGGCCGGGCUCUGUCGGAGCCGGAGCUGCAGCAGCUGCUGGAGCCGGGGCUGCGCCGGGGGCCCCGCACGGUGCUGCUCUUCCUGCAGGACCAGCUGUCCGUGGAUGACCUCACAGCGUUCCGCGCCGUGUUCGGGAACGAGCCCAACGGAGCCUUCCCCAAACUGAGGGACGCCCUGAGCUCGGCAGGCUCCUCACUGAGCCCUGCCCCGCGUGUCGGGCGCCGCCGCGGCCGCGCUGCCGCUCACCCUGCAGAGGGCGCUGGGCGCGCCGGCCCCGCUGAGCCUGCCCGGGGCCGCGCUGGGGGGGCUGCGCCGCAACCGCAGCGAGCCCGCGAGCGACGGCGGGGAGCCCGCGGUGCUGCUGGUGGGGCUGCCCCACAGCCGGGGCUCCGGCCUGAUGGGACCCAGGGAGGCUCUGAGCAGGAACGACGCGGUGCUGGGCGAGGUGCUGCAGGUGCUGCAGGAGGAGCAGCUCCCGUACACGGCGCUGUUCACCGGGCACAGGGCGGGUAUAUAUAG